AUGUCCGUCUGUCAGGGCAAAGAAGCGUAUGUGGUUGCGGAUGACGUUCGACUGAUGGCAGUCGGUAAUACGAAGAGGAGCGGAGCUCAGAACUUCGGUCAGGGGCUAACUCCAGUCGAAGUGGAACAGGCCAAAAACAGUCGGGAACGAAAAUCAGAUAGUGCUGCGAGUAGAGAAAAUGGCUCAUCAACUUCAUCUGGGAUAUUAUCAGCAGGAAACCAAGAUGACUCCGAAUUCUUCCGAAACGAUUUUAAAUCGUACAACUCAUUAAGUCUCGAUUCCAGUGGCUCAAAUCGAUCUUUAUCCGAAUCGGCCAAAGCGUCACCUAACGGUGAAAAUGAAUUGCUUCAAAAGCCUGAGGUCACUCAGGUCAUGGCUAGUUCGUAUCCUUCUUCCCGGAAAGAUACGAAUCGUGGCACAAUGGUAAAACAAAGCUCACCCAAUUCAUCAUCUGAGAGCGCAAUGUCAUACUCAUCUAAUGAGCAAUCUUCCUCGUCUGGUUCAGACGAUGAUGCUGGCGCGCACUCGAAGGAACACAUUAAACACCCACACCAUAAGGCCUCAUCGAAGCACAGGGCCAUGCAUUCUGCUAAUAGGCCCUCGAAUUCAGAUUCGUCCAUGGAACAGAAUGUGCACAGUCGCUCUCUUAAACAAAGAACCCAUGUGUCCCGAAAGCAGACUGGUGCCACAUUCAUGGCAAGUGGACAAUCUCAUGCACACAAAUUUCCUUGCACACCAAGCGUUUGCUUUGAAGCAUCGCUCGCAGCUGUUCGAGGUGGAGGCCCAACUCGCAAACUAUGGGAGCAUCGCGGAGCGAGCAGCUUGACGUUGCGUGAUUCAGCUUCAGACGCGCCUAGCGAAGAGGAAAUAACCCACAUGUUGGCCCUGUUCACGGUUACGUUCCUGCACAGUGCAUUCUCUCCACUCGUCCUGUCGCUCAGGCAAGUAUACCUGAGCUGUAAGGACGAUGCAGGUUACGUCUUCCAUAUGAGUUGGCUUAUUGCCUACUUUAUGCGGCUUGCCGCAGCUAUGGAACUACAGAUACAACAUACUCGGGCCGUUCUCUCCGUCGAUCUCAUUGGUUUAUUGGUGUUCGAAGCGACGAAUUCGCUUCAAAGUAUCAACAUCGAAGAGUCAGGUGUUAAACAGUGGUCACUUCGGCGCAAUUAUCAAUAUCUGGUGAAAGCUCUUCGUGAGCUCAUGAUCUCCGCUGUGCAUUUUUGCUAUAACAACGACAUUCUGCAUAUAGUAGUACCCCUCACGCAGAUGGAAUACCUUCGCCAUGCUCUUGUUUAUUUUAUUCGAAAACCUGUUGAGCCCCAACUAGCGAUCCUCUCGGAUGCUAUAGUUGCCAAUCACAAACUGAUGCUGCUUAUGGAGUGGGUGAACAGGGGUCAAGGAGCAAAGCUGGACAUACGACAACAUUUUCAGCUAUUUUCAGCUCGAGACGUAAUGGAUAAGUACGGUGACCUACUAACGAAUUUUCGAGAUAAUUGCGCGUACGUGAACCAUUGUAUCCUGACGAUGAUGGAGCACGUGGCUGUUGAUCUUGGACAUUUAGAGACAAUUCUCACUCCAAAGAUACUGUGCUGUUUCAUCGAACUCCUUAAUGAGCCGCACAUACAACUAUCAGAGAGCUACCGCGACUUUAUGAACGCAAUGAUCAAUGGAUAUUUAAAGCUUAGUAGGAGCUCGCGUUCAACCGGAAAGUGUUCUGGUCAAUUUCGGUCAUCUCGGGAGCAGAACACCGUUGGUCUUGUAACAGAGGACUCUUUGAGGAAUCUAACAUCUCGGCACACUGGAAUUCGGGUUCCGACAGUGGUUCCCCUCGUGGCCAUCGCAACAGCAUCAACGUUCCUCACAGAUCAACAGCUGGUGUGGUCGGUCGCUUGCAACUCAAAGGUAACCGUUACGAGCGUGAUGAAAUUCUUGAGAAGCUUGUACAUUUGCGGAUGGGGUGCGCGGAUGCGUACGUUUCUGAAGAAGCCGCAGCGGAAUAUUCGUGGAUGUCGCAGAGCGCCGAUAAACACGACCAGCCCAUAGAUAUGGAGAACGGCAGCGCCCCAGCGGGGAGCAGCUCAUUGUCAGACAGCCAGGCAUAGGAUAGUCUAGGCCAGAAAGAGAGUGAUGUUGCACUAAUACUCAGUCGACUUCGUCACGAAGGAUUGGAUGCGCAAAUUCUAUGGCUACAAAAGCAACUGCUUGAAGAUACACUCAUUUUAUCACUAUAAACGUUUGGCAAUGCCUCCUGUUUGGGAGCCCAUCUCGCUAUACAGCUUCCUGCUGGAACGCAACAUGUCUAUCAUCGACAUCACGGUGCGGCGGUUCAGCGUGCCGACUUCCUCGAGCUAACCAUCCUUCUCAGUCUUCAAGUUUGUCCACACCCUCAGCGAUAGCGAAUCACCAUACCCCGGGAACUAUCUGUGAAACAACUCGUUGAGAACGAAAGCACAAAAUCGUCUUCCUCAACGGUGAGGCGAUCCAUCACCGUGAAUGAUUUGGUGGGAUCUUCUGUGACAAUUCGUCACUCCGACUAAGCUAUCGUAGGUAAUUUCACAGUGUACCGAAAAAGCGAAAAAUUCUUGCUUCGUCUACUGAAGACGAUUACUGCAUCCUUGAAAUUGCGUCGACGGGAAGAAUUGCCUCGAAGUCGUAUACGCCAUCGCCGCAUCUUAGUGUAUGAGGAACGCGAAACCCGAUCAGCUGGUACAUCUUCAAAUAUAUAACACUAAUAGUAAGCAUAACAAAUUUAGUAAGUAAUUUAGACGACACAUUGGAGCCUUUGAGGAGGCAAAACAGUCAACUCUUGAACAGAGGAGCUUCAUUGUACUAUGAUGUUAUAUUAAAAUCAGAACAAAAUUAAUAUUUCACGUCUGGACAAAACACAGGAGGGGGUUUACGGUUGAGGAAAAGCUGGUUGACAAUCUGCAAAAUAAAUAUUAAUCAUUACACUAUCUAUGAGACCAGCGGCUACACAAUAUAGCCUUCUUACUUCUAGUUAAAAUGAAGAACCACUGCUUUCUGAUAUCUAGACUUCGG